GUAAACCAGUCUGUAGGUAGCAUAAGCUGGCAACAUCUCAGAACUAAGAAAAUGAAAGAUAAAGUUUUGUACUACAGCUGUAGUUAAUCAUUGAGGAAAACUAUACUGUUUCAUGCAGUUGUUAUCAGGGACUUUCAAGACUCCAAGAACUACAGUAUAAAAAUUAAUCCCGAAGAUUUAUGAGAGUGGAUGACAAAAUGGAUGACAACACCUCAACAGAGAGAAAGACUUCAAUGGUGGACAUAGCAAAAAUACUUGGAUCAGAGAGUAAUGUUCAUGGAAUAUCCAAAAUAGCAAAAGCAAGAUCUACAGGACGGCAGUUAUUCUGGACUGUUCUUGUGGUGCUUGCUUUCAUUGCUGCCUCAAUACAACUGGGGUUCAUUCUGAAGAAGUAUUUGUCAUAUCCAACUACAGAAGUAACAAAUAUAUCAAAAAAGUUGAGUGUUACUUUUCCGGCAGUUACAGUAUGUAAUACUAACCCAAUAUCUAUGACAAGGGUAAGCAAAGUGCUUGCAAAUAACACUGACAUGAUGCAAUGGUUCUCAUUCUUACAAAACACUAAUUUUGGAGAACAUGAUUCAAAACUUGAUUCUCACCAAGCUUUCUAUGAAAAUUUACCAGAAGCUGUGCAAUACAUUGCCCAUAGUUUUGACGACAUGGUUUUAAGCUGUAGAUUUAAGAAUGCCGACUGCGGAAUUCAAAAUUUCUCUCUCAAUUUUGAUGGAAAAAACUACUACAACUGCUUCACAUUUGCUGUUAAUGAAAACCAAUCAGAAGAAAUACUACAAAACAACCCCGGACCAGAUAAUGGUCUGUCAUUGAUUCUCUCCCUUGGAAAAGAAAGUUCUCCACCUGGAAGUUACGGCAUAUAUGACAUGAAGAAUCCUACGGGUUUUAGUGGUGGUAUGCGUGUCCAAAUUCACAAUCGAAACACAGUUCCUACUCCAUUCUACCAUGGUUUCGAUAUACCACCAGGAUACUCCUCCUCUGUCGGACUUAAAGCAAGAAUCCAUUCUAGACUUCCAAAACCGUAUGGGGACUGCACAACACAAAAUUAUGAUGAGGAACAAAAUCACGAGAAUACUGUUUUCACUUGCUUACAACAAUGUCAACAGAAAAUACUGGUGAAAAUAUGUGGAUGUAAGACUUCAGCCUUGCCAGUACUUUCAAAUCUCAAACCCAAAGUCCCGUUCUGCUCAGAAAUCAAGAACUGGAAACACAAAUCUGACCUUUACAAGGGUCAGAAUCAAGUUGUACUGAAUCAACUUUUGUGUGAACAACGGGUUAUUGAAAAUUUACGCACUGAUAGAAGUUAUGAAGACGACUGUGGGUGCUCAGAACCUUGCAAGGAAAUGUCCUACGAACAAUCUUUGUCAAUGUUGUACUGGCCUGAGGAGUUUUAUCAACUAGGCUUUCUUUCUGAACUAUAUACCGGUAACAAUGCAAGUAAGCCGACAGAACUAGUACAGGAAGCCCUGGACAUAUUAAACAUAACUUCUACAAAAUAUAGUACUCUUGCUAUGCAAGGUAUUUCCGAGGACUUGGACAGGUCUGAUAAAAUUGAAAUAGCACGCGCAUCAGCAAUUAUCCGCCAAAACUUCAUGCGCCUUAAUGUCUUUUUACAGGACUUGAGGGUGACAGAACAUAUUCAAAUACCAGUGUACGACUUAAGCAGCCUAUUUUCUGACAUUGGUGGUACACUAAUUCUAUGGCUGGGUUUCUCGAUGCUAACAUUUAUGGAAGCGUUUGAACUCAUUAUGAGCCUUAUUUUACUUGCGUGUAAUUCAGACAUGUACAUAAUGGGAGAUAAAAGUGGCACAAAACAGAAUGUUAAAAAACAAGAAAUAUUUUAAUCUAAAACAAAAACUAAAUUUCCUUUUAUUUGCAAGAGGUGUUAUAGUUCUCAUGGAAUUUUUAUGAUUCUUUCCUAAAAUGUUUUUGCUUUCAACGUUUGAUAUAUCACUACAUUUAUACUGUCACCUUAAUUUUGUAAUGUAAACUUACGCUACGCGUUAACGUGUUCUAACAGUGUU